AGACAAGGUUGACUCAGUAACAAAAGUAGCAAAGGCUAAAACGACGUUUCGGGGUGUGGGAUUUAUAGACGAGGCGUUCGUUAUAGGAGCCGCUUUGAAUAAGAAUGACAAAAAUAAUUUUUUUUUUUUUUAAUGUCGCGUAAUACAUGAUCAUGCAGUUGGGUUUGGUUGAUUUAGGCUGAUCCUGGGUCGGGUGGUUCCUCGUGGUCCGCGACCCUCCUCUACAUAAGGAAAAGCGAUGAGAUCCAAUCAACUCCUCCAUUACAAACUGUGAUCUCACCUCCCUAUUUCCGAUUGGGUUGCUAUAUUUAGGAAACCACCCUGCGCUUUAUAAAGAGCAGCGGUUCCUGGUAAAGCGCUUGGAGUUAGGAGACGAAAAACGACUUACGGGACAGGGCUGCCCCGGGCUCACUUGAGAGCACACCGAGUAGUGGGAGCGGACGCAACGGGUAGCCUUCAUCUGUGCGUUGGAUGCCACAUUUGAGCGAGAGCUAGGGCGGAAAAAAAAAAGAGGGCAGGGAUGGCAAACAUACGCAAGAAACUUGUCGUGGUGGGGGACGGCGCGUGUGGGAAAACAUGUCUACUGAUCGUGUUCAGCAAAGACGAGUUUCCCGAGGUGUAUGUUCCGACCGUGUUUGAGACGUAUGUGGCGGACAUAGAGGUGGACAACAAGCAAGUCCAGCUAGCCCUGUGGGACACGGCCGGGCAGGAAGACUAUGACCGGCUGCGCCCCCUCUCCUAUCCGGACACCGAUGUCAUCCUGAUGUGCUUCUCCGUGGACAGCCCGGACUCGUUGGAAAACAUCCCCGAGAAGUGGGUCCCCGAGGUCAAACACUUUUGUCCAAACGUACCCAUCAUAUUAGUGGCGAACAAGAAGGACCUGCGCAACGACGAGAACGUGAGGAACGAGCUGUCCCGGUUGAAGCUGGAGCCAGUGAAAACAGAGGAUGGCCGGGCCAUGGCCAUGCGCAUUGGCGCAUAUGACUAUUUGGAGUGCUCUGCCAAAACCAAGGAGGGGAUCUGGGAAGUAUUCGAGACUGCGACACGGGCAGCCUUGCAAAAACGAACAACACCGCCGGGUGGCUGCCUCAAGUGCUGCGUUCUGAUGUGAGUCGACUCGGUCCGGAGAGCCGCCAGGCGCAGACAAGCGGUUGCCGGCGUCGGGGAUCCGUGUGUGCGAACGUGUACGGGCAGUGACCACGGUUUUGGAUACACGCUUGUAACCCGACGACCUUGGCCGAGCCGAAACGAACGGCUGCUGGCGAGUUGUUUUGAGCGCCCGUCGACGAUCAUCUGAUGUCGGGGUGUGUGAAAAUGCACUGUUUACAGCAUGUCCUCUUGGGGGUCACAUGAUCCCAGUCUGACUGAUGGAGGGGUAAAAAGGACAAACCACCGACCGCUACAUUUUAGUGAACGCCUUUACCCCGGUCGCUAACGUGGACAAGGCCUGCUUUCGAGCCAAGAUUUCAAUUGCUCGUUUUCGUGUGUGUGUGUGUGUGUGUGUGUGCGUGCGUGUGUGCGCGCGUGUGUGUUUCGAAGUGUUUGCAUAGGCCACUGCCUUAGUGCCAAGGUUAGCCUAUACUUUGUGAUAAGCAAAGCAGUACAGAUUGCACUCGUUGUUAUUUAUGUCCACUUUGUAUUGUAAAAUGAGUGUAUUACGUUUGGGAAAUUGCACAGCAUCUGGAAAUUACAGUAAUCCACGGAAAGUUUUUAUAAAGCCUACCAAUCAGUGUGAGGGUACCCAUAGUGGUCUGUAUACUUUCUUCUGAUGUUUUAAGACAUUUUUGAAUAAAUGUAUAGCUUAAGUUUUACAGGUCGUGAAAAUCAGCUGUCUCAGGUUUGUUAGUUGGAACAACGUCCAAAAAGUGUGUCUUUUUUUUUUGACUCCACAAUAUUAACUACCUAGUUUAAUAGUUUUUGUCCAAUAGGCCACAUUUCAUCAGAUAUUUAGGAGACUACCCAUUGGCCAGUGUUGAAAAGGGCUAACCAUAUUGUCCAGUGUAGUUUUGCAAGUUUUCUGGUUGGUGUUUCGUUAAGAGUUGAGCAGUAAGACAGUAAAGCAUGUGUCACCAGAAAUAUAUAUAUAUAAAUUUUUUUUAGGCUUGCUAAACCUGCUUCUACCCUAAAUUUUAUGCUUGGCUCUGGCUACAGUGACUAGUUUUGGGAGGACAUUGAGGAAAUAGGUGCUUUUUCAACGCGGAUUAUUAAAACAUUGAAAGCAAAGGUUACACAAAGACAUUGUCAACUGUAAAUAGCACAGUCAGCAAAGGAGGAGAAAUGUUUUUUUGUUUUGUUUUUUUUAUUUCUUUUCUUACAGAUCACUUGGACCAAAUAAUUUGAAGCACAUAUAGUGUCUCACCAUGUGUCUGAACCCUGAAAUCCGGGUUUAGCUACUGAAGUCCCAGGAAGACCUGCUUGACAUUUUCCAUGUCGCUACAGCUCCAUUUCCAGUUACGUGGGUGAUAUUUCCAGGAGAAGAUUGAGCAUGUGAGAUGGUUUAGCAUGUGAGUGCUUUGCUCAGCAGAACAUGUUUUCUUAGAAAGUGUCACGAAAAGAGGAGUGAGCUACAUCAGAACUCUAUGAGCCAGUAGCACACUCAUAUGGGAUUAAGACAUGGGAUGGCAAUUUAAAAUUUCAAUGGAAAUUUAUCAUAUAUUAUGUUAUUAUAACCACAAUCUUAUAAUAAUGACACAAAUGUAAACAAAAGGGUAUCCCUUUGACUAAAACACCACACUAAAAAAUGUAAAGUAGUAUUUUUUUUUUUCUGAAGCUGUAAAAAGUUUGUUUACAGCAGUAAAACUGAAUUAUGACUGAUUGAAAAACACACACACACACA